UGGCGAGCGGGUUGCCCGAGCGCACGCGCGUUUUACUCGGAAGCAAGUCUCGCUCAUUUGCAGCGCCCUGCUCGCGAGUAACUGAGCACGGCACCGGGUGGCGAGCGAGGGUCCCGCCGCGAAUUUGAAAGUUGCAGAGUAAGAGGUGGGACAUUUAAAGCGGAGGGCGUUUAAAUAGUUUCUGAUGGAAAAGGACGGGAUCAACUUUUGUUGGGGUGCUAGCUUUCAAGUAACACGGGAAUCCUCGUCGGGCACAAUCCGCGCGGAAGCGUUCUUUCUUUCUCUGACCUCCUCCCCCCACCCCACUUUCCCAGCAUAGUUUUGGGUCCAAAAGCUUGUUUUCGCCAAACGCAGAAGACUACCAAAACGGUCGGUUUUGGUAGCCUAUGGUUUAUGUUGUUGCCCUGGGGCCAGGGUGGGGGAAGAGAGACUGGACGGCAGGCGGAAAUUUGUAAACCUCUACCCGGAAAUCACGGGACGCUUGUGCCUUUCUUGGACACCAGCAGCAAAAAGUGAGGUCCUUAAACUUGGGAAUAAGUCCUUUUGCUUUGCAAGUAAAAAAGUGAAACACGUGUGCUUAGGGAGAGUAUCCAGACAGGUUUGGGGGACAACUAUGGGAAGUUUUUUUUUACACACGAGUACACACAUACACUUUUCUGUAGCAGAGGGUGAGCCGCGCUAAUCUUGCACUAUGACAGAAUCAGGAGGAGGCAGCAUCGUACAUACAGCCUUUCAGUGAGGCAGCCAGUUAAGAGGGCUGGGAGACCUUUCAAUGGGGAAGCAAGGUAGUAGAGACCGCCACCCUCGCCGCCCCUGCCCAGGAUCAGAGGAGACGUGUACAACUCUGGACAAGUGUCUCAAUUUAAAAUGGUGAAUUACUCAUAUGAUGAAGAUCUUGAAGAACUGUGUCCAGUGUGUGGAGAUAAAGUCUCUGGGUAUCACUAUGGACUCCUUACCUGUGAAAGCUGCAAGGGGUUCUUUAAACGAACAGUACAGAACAAUAAAAGGUACACAUGCAUAGAAAAUCAAAGCUGCCAGAUUGACAAAACUCAAAGGAAGCGUUGCCCUUACUGUCGGUUUCAAAAAUGUCUAAGUGUUGGGAUGAAGUUGGAAGCCGUGAGAGCUGACCGGAUGCGUGGGGGUCGAAACAAGUUUGGACCAAUGUACAAGAGGGACAGGGCACUGAAGCAGCAGAAGAAAGCUCUCAUCCGAGCAAAUGGACUCAAGUUGGAAGCCAUGACUCAGGUGAUUCAAGCAAUGCCCACUGACCUAACAAUAUCCUCUGCGAUCCAGAAUAUCCAUUCUGCCUCCAAGGGCCUACCUCUGAACCAUACAGCCUUGCCUCCCACAGACUAUGACCGAAGCCCCUUUGUAACCUCUCCCAUUAGCAUGACAAUGCCGCCGCAUGGCAGCCUGCAAGGCUACCAGACCUACAGUCACUUUCCGAGCCGUGCUAUCAAGUCUGAGUACCCCGAUCCUUACACUAGCUCUCCUGAGUCGAUAAUGGGCUACUCUUACAUGGAUGGUUAUCAUCAGACAAGCUCGCCAGCAAGUAUUCCUCACCUGAUACUGGAACUCUUGAAGUGUGAGCCAGAUGAGCCACAGGUCCAGGCAAAGAUCAUGGCAUACUUGCAGCAGGAGCAAGCCAACCGAAGCAAACACGAAAAGCUCAAUACCUUUGGGCUUAUGUGCAAAAUGGCUGACCAAACCCUCUUCUCGAUUGUCGAGUGGGCCAGGAGUAGCAUCUUCUUCAGAGAACUCAAGGUUGAUGACCAAAUGAAGCUGCUUCAGAACUGCUGGAGUGAACUCUUAAUUCUAGAUCAUAUUUAUCGCCAAGUGGUACAUGGGAAAGAAGGCUCCAUCCUCCUAAUCACUGGGCAACAAGUGGAUUACGCUGUAAUAGCAUCUCAGGCAGGAGUCACACUCAACAAUCUUAUGAGCCAUGCACAGGAGCUUGUAGCAAAACUACGAUCUCUGCAGUUUGAUCUACGAGAGUUUGUGUGUCUCAAAUUUUUGGUGCUAUUCAGUUUAGAUGUCAAAAACCUAGAGAACUUCCAGCUGGUGGAAGGUGUUCAAGAACAAGUGAAUACUGCUUUGCUGGACUACACAAUGUGCAACUAUCCACAGCAGACAGAAAAAUUCGGGCAGCUUCUCCUGCGACUCCCGGAAAUCCGGGCAAUCAGUAUGCAGGCUGAAGAAUACCUCUACUAUAAACACCUGAACGGGGAUGUGCCGUGUAAUAACCUCCUCAUUGAAAUGCUGCAUGCAAAAAGAGCAUAAAUUAUAUCCUUUUAAAGCCCCUGCUUUUGAGGAGGAAAAGCAAAAUACUCUGAACUACUCCAAGCGACACUAAUUAAAAAGAACUUGGUUUAAAUGAACUUUGUCCACCCCACCCCCAAAUGGUGUAAUAAUCAAAUACUUAAUAGUAAAUAAGUGAUGUAUCAGGGUAUUUGUAUUGCAAACUGUGAAUCAAACGCUACACAGUCUCCCCAAAGGAACAUGUAUAGGACUUUAUCACUAGAAUGAAAGGAGAUUACCAAUGGAUAUGGGAACCGUUGCCAAUGUCAAACAAACAAAAAAGGAAGGGAGGAACAAUUUUUGUAAGUUAAAACUUUUGCCAGUUGCCACUAUUGAGAAAUUUAGGAACAAGUUUUAUCUGUGUUAUGCAGCUAACAGAGCAAAGGGAUCUGUAUGCACUACACCCCUUCUUGUUAGCAGGACUGAAAACACCUCUGAUGGACACAAAACUGCAGUCACCCUAUGGCAUCCUUCCAAGAUUUGCAUUCUUAUCUCUCCUCCAGAAAGGAUGUGUAGCACCAAUCUAAUAAAGAUCUCAAGUAGGCCACUUUCAUAGUAUAUAUAUACACACACUAGCACCACCAAAACAAAAACAGCCUGGGGUGGGGGCUUUGGGGGACUGUCUGUAACUCAGGCCUGCAAACAGCUAAUAUUUUAAAAAAAUGUUCAUAAACUAGUGUGACAUUCUUAAUAUGUUUCCAAAGUUUGUUUUUGUCAUUGUGUUCAUGUUGAUCGUCCAGGCAGUAUCCCUCUUCCACCAAUGGGAGGAGGAAUGGCUACAAGCGUCAGAAUUAAGCUGCUCCAAAGCAACCGCUGUUGGAUCGUGUUUCCAAUGCAGCGGCUCAAGCGUUGCUGAAAUGGCUUCUUAAAGCUUUUAGUGCCAAAUAAUAAGCUUGCUGAUACUACUCAGCCUCUUGGCUGUCAUCGAAAAUAAAAACAGUAUUUCUUUCUUCAAGGUUUUAGUCAGCAGCAUCUCUUGAUCUACCGCACUUAAUCUGCAACCUAGAUAAAAUGAAUUACUUGGAUUUAAUAAAGCAAUUAAUUUCAGUGGCUUCAGACUGUGCCACCGAAUUUUGGACACAGUGAUGGGAUGCACAAGUUGCUCACCAACCUGUGACUGCCACGCCCCAUGAGCAUCUAUGUUGUCAUAACAGCAGGGCUGCAUUGUAAAGCUAAACACAGACAGCUGGGCAUCUACUGCAGCCCCUCAAGGGCUUAUCAAGUACUGUACCAUAUUACAUGAUUGGUGGGUUUCAGGUUGUGCAGAUCUUUUCUGCAAUUGCCGGUCGGCCAGUUCUGGCCUGUAUCAGGAUCCAAAAAGCCAACAAAAGUCAGACAUGGCCAAUUCCUGGUUAAAGAGGACCUUGGAUUUGGAGGGGUCCUCAGACCCGCAAGUGCCCUGCGGUGGGCCCCCUUCUAUAUUGGUGGGACCUACCUAUGGGCUUGCCUGGCAACUGGAAGGGAGGUAUGAGAUGCCAUUUUAAAUUCCACACUAUGCCCCAGAGUGGGAUUGCCAGACACUGGUGCCAGUGGGCCCUGCUGAGGCGUCUUAGUUGCCCAAGGCUGAUAACCUGCCAAAUUCUACCCUGGUUCUACCCAUGAUUAACCAGUUCCAUCUGGGGUCUACCACCUAUCCACUUGCUUCUGAACUCACUAUACUUCUAGGGAUUUCUGUUCGUUCACUCUGCCCUGAGCUGUGUUCUUAUCCCUGGCCCUGCCUCUGGGCCUCACAGUCCUGAUGUGGCCCAGGACGCAUGUUUUUGAAAAGUUGCCAACUUUAGAUGACUUCAUCUCAGGGACUGCACCAGUGCAAGGGGAGAAUGCAAGGCAUUAUACAAUCAUACAGUUCCCUGUACUGGUGUAGCACCCCACUGUGUCAGACAAUUCUGCAUCUUCUCCCAUCCCUACAAGCUCAAAUCCAAGUACUUCAGCUUUAACUAAAUUCUGGGUCAUGUUGUAGGUAAUAAAAGACCUUUAAAAAUGAUUUUACCUAUGCAAGAUUUAAAAAUAUUCAAAAUGUAUAAGUUGUUGGUUAGUAUUACUGGUAGUUUUUAGUACAGUCUAUGGAUUCAAAAAAAAACAUUUUAAACCAAUUAUUCAAACAAAAAUAUGUGAGGACAGAAGAGUGAUACUGCCAGGUCCAUGUAGACCAAAGUCUGCUGCAGAACAAAUAUUGGAGAAGGACAAAUAACUCUCUAUCCAAAAUGAAGAUAUCAGUAUUAUAAAUGCAGUGCCACUGUUAAGAAAGCUUUGCCUUAUUUCAGAAUUCUGAAUGGUAACUAUACAGAUGCAGAUCAAUGUAUGUUUGGGGGGGAAAGUAUUAAUACUUUACAUAUUUGAAGAA